CUCCACUUCUCCACACACAGACACUGCUCUUUUCUUCGUAAAAGGCCACUAAUUCCCUCUCUCUCCCUGUCUCCCGAAGACAAGAAUGAUGACCAGCAGCUUGCAGAGUUGGCCCGAGCCGAUCGUCCGGGUCCAAGCCUUAUCGGAGAGUGGCAUCGCACGGAUCCCAGAGCGCUACGUGAAGCCGCCCUCCGAGCGGCCCUCGCCGGUUCCUAACUUCACCCCUCGAGAUCAUGACCACACCCAUGACAGCAUAAAUAUACCCGUUAUCGACCUCGCCGGCAUAAUGUCAAGCGGCGACGGGUCCACCCUCCUCCUCGAACGCAUCUCUUACGUGUGCCGGGAGUGGGGGUUCUUCCAGGUGGUGAACCACGGGGUGAGCGUUGAGCUGAUGGGGGCGGCGAGGGAGGUGUGGAGGGAGUUCUUCGGGCUGCCGGUGGAGGUGAAGCAGGAGUACGCGAACAACCCGAGCACGUACGAAGGGUACGGGAGUCGGAUUGGGGUGGAGAGGGGGGCCACGCUCGAUUGGUGCGACUAUUUUUUUCUUCACUACUUGCCUCGCUCGGUUAGGAACCCCAGCAAAUGGCCUGCACUCCCACUCUCGUGCAGAGAGCUGAUAUCAGAAUAUGGGAAGGAAGUGACGGAGCUGUGCAAAAGGUUGUUGAGCCUACUAUCGAGAAGCUUGGGAUUGGAAGGAGACCACUUGGAGAGAGCAUUUGAAGGAGGGGAGGAGCUUGGGGCAUGCCUGAGGGCCAACUUCUACCCAAAGUGCCCUCAGCCUGACCUCGCUCUCGGCCUCUCUGCCCAUUCCGACCCGGGCUCCAUGACCAUUCUCCUCCCCGACCCACACGUGGCGGGUCUUCAGGUGCGACAAGGAGAACACUGGGUCACGGUCAAGCCCAUCCCUAAUGCUUUCAUCGUCAACCUGGGUGACCAGAUGCAGGUGGUGACAAAUGCAAUUUACAGGAGCGUGGAGCAUAGGGUGAUUGUGAAUUCGGCGAAAGAGCGAGUCUCGCUGGCAUUCUUUUACAACCCUAAGAUCGACCUACUGAUUCAACCCGCCAAGGAGCUCGUCACCGAGGACCGGCCUGCCCUCUACUCUCCGAUGACUUAUGAGGAGUACAGAACUUACAUCAGAACAAAAGGUCCUCGUGGCAAGUCGCAACUCGAAUCUCUAAUACGAUUACCCACCAAAAAAUUGACACAAUAAACUUCUGUGGCUCAAUCAAUGGAAACCUUAGAGGAGCACUUCUGCCAUCUCGCAGCCAUCAGUGUAUGUGAAGUUCAGCAUUGCCGCUACUGUUGAUUUUAAGUCCUGAAUGUCAAGUUAUGUGCAUAUGUUUUAGCAGUGUGUAACGGGUUCUUCAUAAGAUGGAUGAUGUUAGAGAAAACUGUCUUGAAUAGGCUACUUCUGUUAUAAUCAAUCAGUUAUUUCAGGUUCUCGUGACUCGUGAGGAAUGUAGAACUCGACAUCCUCAGUUAUGUAUGCAGUAUGUUCUCCGUAGUUUUACACUAUGGUUGGCAGUAUAAAGAUAUACGCAUGUAUACGGUAAUAGAAUAUGUUUUAAAGUCUUUUGUAACAAUUUAAACUUAUAGAACGAGCAGUAUAUAUAUUUCACGCAA